AAUGACCACUUUAAAAACAUAAUCGAGAGAGAGAGAGAGAGAGAGAGAGAGAGAGAGAGAGAGAGAGAGAGAGAGAGAGAGAGAGAGAGAAAGAGAGAGAGAAAGAGAGAGAGAAAGAGAGAGAGAGAAAGAGAGAGAGACGCCAAUACAGUGCGUGCUUGCCAUAGUUGCCCGAGUGGGUGGGUCGCUGCAGGAAAAAAAAAAAGACUCUUCUAUCUCCCCUGUGCGUCCCGCUAAAAACGCCCCCUGGCCACCGGUGCUCGCCGGAACCAAUUAACGUCCACCUCCGGCGACAUCAACGAGCACGCGCUUUCUUCCCUCCCGGGCCGCCGGAGCACGCAAACGAACACCUUUAGGCAUCGCCCCUAGCUGGGUGGGUGGGCCGCAACCGAAGCGUCGCACGAAUUCGGAGUGGAGCGAGUGAGUGCGGAAUGGCCGAGCAGCAGCAGCAAGAGGAGGAGGAGGGGAUGAGGUCGCCCAACACGCCGGUGCCUGGUGGCUCGCCGACGGGCAAAGCGCUGUCCCUUGCCCGGCUGCUUCAAUAUGAAUGUUCCCGCUUGCUCCAGUUAUACACGGAGCAGGAGACCUUCUUGUCGGAGCUGCCCGCCGAAGGUGGCCGCAUGGUGUCCCUGGGCUCGAGCACAGAAGAGCCAGACCCGGAAGAGGCAGCACGGCGGAUGCACGCCGCCCUGCGCCAGUGCCUGGGCCUUCUGCACUGUGCCAUCGCCCGGGCCGAGGAGGAGUGGGGCGAGGGGGAGAGCGACUACGAAACCCUGCGCUACACCGUCCGAAUCCGGUUGGAGCAUUUACUUCACACCACCAAAAACCUGCUGCAGACGGACGAUGUCGCACUGGAAGUCACCCCGGAUAUCCGGUGUGAUGAGGAAACUGAUGGAAGCGGGGGAGCUUUCCAGCUCAAACUGUGGACGCAUCGUGUGCUGCUGGAGCUGGUCCACUGGGCCGACCACGCCACGCAGGCUCUACACGUUCUCCACACGCAGCGGGAAGGAGCGCAGGACGUCUAAAGUGGCGAAUGAUUUCACUCCACACUAACCACCGGCAUCCCCUCAUUGUGAGGAAUUGGACAGUGGCGGUUCCUUUUUUACAACACAACUCCAUCAUUUGAUUUACUUCCAAACCAUCACAAUAAUGUUCAACUUUGAUUGUGCAUUUUUACAGUGGUAGAAUAUCCAUCCAUCCAUUUUCUGUGACGGGGGUCGCGGGAGCCUAUCCCAGCAGUCAUCGGGACACCCUGAACCGGUUGCCAGCCAAUCGCAAGGCACACAGACACAAACAACCAUCUGCAUUUGCACUCACACCUACGGGCAAUUUAGAGUGCUCAAUUAGCCGACCGUGCAUAUUUUUGGGAUAUGGGAGAAAACCGGAGUGUUCGGAGAAAACCCACGCAGGCACGGGGAGAACAUGCAAACGCCACACAGGGCGAGCCGGAAGUGGAAUUGAACCCGCACUCUCUGAACUGUGAGGCGGACGUGCUAACCAGCGCGUCAUGUGGUAGAAUAUGUGUAUUGUUAAUCACAUUUAAUACAUGUGUCCAUCCCCCCAAAUUCUAGUCGGACCACCCGCAUCAUUUUGACAUGAUUCAUAACGCAGCAUUUUGCGUGACGCUGUCAAAAGUGGUUUGAAUUGAACAAUCAGUAUAUUUUUAUUCAUAUUUCAUGAUUUGUUCUCUCCCACAAAAAACGAAAUCAACAGUCACUGUCCAAGACCUGUGGAACAACACGCUGCUUCACUAACCACUAAGCUCCUUUAAUAAGGCCCGGCUUUGCCCAGGCGGUAUUUCCUCCGCGAGUGCUAAAAUGACCUCCAGUUGGCCAUUGUUUGCUGUGACGCUCGUGUGCGGUGACCCACUUUCCAAACAUACUGCGUGUAAUUUAUUCUAUUUAUUAGAAGAUAUUUAACACUAACAAACUAACUGCUAGAUGUAGCCAAAAGAAUACCUGAAUGACUGACAAACUGUGACUGUCCCCCCCCCCCCCUCGCAAUGAUUCCAGAAUGGACGGACUUCAUUGUUUUUUUAUGGUUUGCUCCUGAUGUACUACUUGAAUGUGCUGCUACUGUACACUUUUGGAACCACCAGAGGUUUCCCAACCUCAGGGGUCAGAGAUCCAAAAUGAGCGUGGAUCAAUUUUUAUUGAGUCAUGAGAAAUAAAUCACGUUCAAAAAUCUUA